UCCUCUCCACUCGACCCGCUCCUCCUCUCCAUUCUCCAGUCGACCCACUCCUCCUCUCCGUCGCAUCCCCUUCUCCUCCAUCGACGGUGACGGCCUCCCACCGCCGCCGACUCCUUCCUCUCCCUCCGUCGCCGACUCCUUCCUCGCUCUCCUGAGAGAAGGGAGAUGGCUGGCUUGGAAGGUUUCGAGUUCUUCGAGAUCGUAAUUGAGAAAUCUUGCAGUAGGCAGAGGUUGCCUGACAAGUUUGCGAAGAUGCUCGCCGGCCGUGAGCCCCACAAAGUGAAGCUGCGAGAGGCCGGCAGCGGGCUUCGCAGGCUGUGGGACGUGAUGGUGGUGUUCGAUGGCGAAGGCCACAUGUACCUAGGGCCCGACUGGGAUCAUUUCGCCUGCGCCCAUGAGCUACAGCUCGGGCACUUCCUUGUCUUCCGCUACGAUGGUGACGCCAUGUUCACCGUGAAGAUGUUGAACAACACCAUGUGCCACAUCUACUACCAUCACGACGACGAUGCCAGCAAUGGGAGCAGAGCGGGGAUGACGAGGAGCAGCCUAUUAUGGCUGACGACGACCCUGCUAUGGUGGUGGCGGAUGACGACCUUGCUAUGGUGGUGGCUAACGAAUGAUACAUCUCCAACGUAUCUAUAAUUUUUGAUUGUUCCAUGCUAUUAUAUUAUCUGUUUUGGAUGUUUAUGAGCUUUA